AUGGCUCCCUCAAGUGCACUUCAAGCGCUUGCAACGCGGACCGAAGUUUUCAACCCAGCAGCCCGUGACAUUGUUAUUGUAGAGCUUUUAAUGCCCAGUGUCGCCCUGCUCUUGGUCAUAAAUCGCGUUUACUUUCUCUUGCGGCUCGCUAGAUCCCUGGGCUGGGACGACUAUACUAUUGUAGCUUCUAUGAUUGCUGGCAUUGCGAUGAAUUGUUUCCCUCUCAUUGGCGUUCAUCAUGGCUACGGGAAACCCCUUGCUGAGCUCUCAAAAGCUGACGGGAUCAUGGUUAUGAAGAUGUUCUGGGCUGUUCAAAUCGCCUACAAGUGUUCCUUGAACCUUUGCAAAAUAUCUAUCCUUCUGCUCUACCGCCGCAUCUUCGUCACCCGCAAGUUUCGUAUUGCCGUUGACAUCUCCUUAACGGUUGUAACCGUCUAUUUCAUUACCACCCUCCUAACAAACAUUGCCGAAUGCAGACCUAUUGCAAAAAAUUUUGAUCAUUCAGUCCCUGGAAAGUGCCUGAGCCUGACAGCCCACUGGCUUGCAAAUGCUAUUGCAACGUCACUCACAGAUAUUGUGACUCUUAUUCUCCCCAUGCCUGUGAUUCAUAGGCUACGACUUCCCACCAGACAGAAAUUCGGUUUGAUCGGCAUUUUUGCACUGGGAAUAUUCGCUUGCACACUCUCCAUAAUACGCAUGACAACUAUACCUGGUGGCGGGAAGGCCAGCGACAAAAGCUCCGGAACAAGAGUCACCUUGAAGUGGGCCAUGGUCGAAUGCAAUACCUCGAUAAUAUGCGCAUGCCUGCCCAUGCUUCGCACGCCACUCUCCAUGCUAUUCCCCAAUCUCUUCCCGUCAUUCAACUACGGGGGCGGUGUGUCAUUCUCGCACCAAAGUUCCUUAACGGCCGCUGAUACAGCUGAAAUAUCUCAGAACAACCAACGUAUACACGAAGAUGAGUUGUUGAAUUCACCAGGUGGCACGAAAACCACCACAAUACAGGUGUCCAUUACUCCGAAGGAUGAGGAGGAUCUGUGUGCACCUUGGGAAGGGGAAAUGGAUAGCGAAAAAGGUGGCGUGCGGGUGUCACUGUCGUCGAAUCAAAACCAGAAUCAUACCCAGAAAGGUGGUGGUAUACAAUAUACUACAAUUACUACCAUCAGUUGUCCCAAAACUCCCACGGUUGCUGUACCCCUUUCCUCUCCGCCGGCAACUCCGCCACCGCGAUGGGUAUAA